AGUAGCGACUCUAAUCCUUUAAGAGGAUAAACUGUGAGAUCCAGAGGGAGGGAUUCAGGAUUCACCGACUGUCUACGGUGGCCUGCACAAGGCAUUUCUGCCAACUUAGCAGACUGAGUGUGUGGCUGAAACCUGCUGCUGGAGUCUUUAUUAUUAUGCCUUUAUGGAGCAGGAAGGACGAUGCAGGCUGAGGAAAACUCAGUGCAACAUGAAUCUGAGGACUGAGCGAACGGGGGGUUAAGUCUUACGUUCAUCUAGACUGCCAUGCCUGCAUUGGAGGUGAUCUGCAGCCUGAUUGGCUGGCUGUGCCUCUACCUGUUGUUCUGCUCCACCUUCUCUCACCGAGGGCCCGAGUGGAACUGCCGCUUGGUCACCUUGACCCAUGGCGUCAUCAUAGUGCUGCUGACGGCAUACGUUGUGUUUGUUGACGGUCCCUGGCCCUUCACACAUGCAGGUACAGAAAACACUGACCUCCAGAUAUUUGCCCUGGCAGUCUGCCUCGGCUACUUCUUCUUUGACCUGGGUUGGUGCGUGUGCUACCGGAGCGAGGGCCCAGUCAUGCUGGCGCAUCACGCCGCCAGCAUCGUGGGCAUCCUCCUGGCGCUGCUGAUGGGCGUGUCGGGCUGUGAGACCUGCGGGGUGAUCUUCGGCAGCGAGAUCACCAACCCGCUGCUGCAGAGCCGCUGGUUCCUCCGCCAGCUGGGACUCUACGACAGCCUGCUGGGCGACGCCGUGGACCUGCUCUUCAUCCUGCUGUUCGCCACGGUGCGCGUCGGCCUGGGGACCGUCAUGUUUUAUUGCGAGCUCACUUCGCCCAGGACUUUGCUGAUAAUGAAGUUUGGCGGCGUGGUCAUGUAUCUGCUGGCCUGGGUGUUCAUGGUGGACAUCGCCAGGUUCGGCUACAAGAAGACCAGGGCCAAAUACAGGAAGUGGAUGGUGAACCGCGAGCUCAAAGAGACAAGCGAAGAAAAACCAGUUGGGCACGAAGAGUGAUUGAGAAGACUAACUCAACCGCUUUCACAUGUUUUUAACAGACGCUCCAUGAAUUAAUUAAUUAAUUA